AUGUCUUUGAGUUCUGCAGAACGAAGGCCCUCACCCACCCAGGUGGAGGAUGGUAACGCGAGGCUGAGCACGAGUCCUGGACACCGCUUGGUUUCUUCACCUCCAGCCAACUGCAAGAAAGUCACACAAUCUCUAGCCCUCACCCUAAAGUUUGUGUUUAAAAACUCUUCCCCCCAGCCAGCAGGGAAUUCAGCUGUGACGGCGGGAGGCACGCCGGAGGCCUUUUGGACUCUUUCGGCCACCGUAGCCGGGUCCUCUCUCCCCUCCCUCUAUUUAUGCGCCUGCGCGCUGCGGGAACGCCGUCCAUUUCUCCAUCAGCCUGAGAGGACGUCGCGGUUAAGCCGUCGAGAAGAAAAACUGCCAUGUCCACUGCUUUGGCAAAACCCCAGAUGCGUGGCCUCCUGGCCAAACGUCUGCGAUUUCAUAUUGUUGGAGCAUUCAUGGUCUCCCUGGGGUUUGCAACUUUCUAUAAGUUUGCUGUGGCUGAAAAAAGAAAGAAGGCAUAUGCAGACUUCUACAGAAAUUAUGAUUCCAUGAAAGAUUUUGAGGAGAUGAGGAAGGCUGGUAUCUUUCAGAGUGCAAAGUGAUUUGGAAUAUAAAGAAUCUCUUUGGGUUGAGUUCCUUGGAAGUUUGUCACUUUGCUGUGCUCCUGAACUAUGAAACUGUGACUCUCUGGGGUGAGAAAUAGUCUCUCAAUAAAUAAACAAUUAACAAAUACUGUGGACACUUAA